AGGUCUUUACGUACACCUUUCCCGAUAGUUUUAUAAAUAUAUCUAUGGGAUUGAUUACAUCAGUCGUCACAGUUUUACUACCUACGUCUAGCAUUACCCAAUGAAAAGGUGCGACAAUAAGUUUGCAGCAUCUCUAGGAUUCCGUUUCCUUAUUGGUCUAACUCCGCCGUUCAUUUCUGUUUAUUAACAACGUGAUUACUGACUGUUAUCAGCUGUUUACAGUUCGAAUCAAUUCAGACGUUACUAUCAUUUACGCCACAGUACAAGUUCUUUCUGUUUUGACUGGUCAAAAAAUUAUACAGGCUACUCCAAGGACGCACUACUUGUACGUUCUAGAUUCCUUAUUAUCGCAUUAACCUGGUUAAGCCUACCCUAUUAUUUUGAAACGCGGUAACUGAGCCGUUUAUAAUUAAUUAUGCGAAUUUUUUGUUAUAGUUUAGUGAAAUUGGACCAAAGUUUGUUGAUGAAGUUUUGGUACUUCUGAGGGGAGAAACUUUUUGCUUUUCAUAGGUGGUGAGCGAUAGUCAUUUAGUACCUAUUGACAUGUUGCUCAAUCUUUUCCAUACCUCUAAACGCAAUGAAGUUAAUUUUGAGUGCACUUUGUAAGGGGAGACCGAUUUCUUUGAUUCGAUUUUUUAAUUUUGAUAAUAUUGUAUCGGUACUUCGUGGUGCGAUUUGCAAUUUACCCUUGUAGGGGCGGGAAAGAAUAACUCUAUCGCAGAGAGCACUGCGUGUCGCAAUCCUAGCUUGGAGUUUGGAGGUCGAAGGGUGAAAUGACACGAUUUUGGGUCCUAUUUUACCGAUUAUGACUUAAUUCUCGAUUGCGAGGAUUUUACAUAGGCCAGGGAAAGAGGAGGAGGAAGGGAGAGAGGAGAUCCUGGCACAGUAAACGAUGUAGGGGCAGUUUAAAGAUGAUUUUAAUGGGAUGAUGUUCUUGUAAUGGUUUUGCAAACACUCGAUUCGUUAUAAAACCGGAAUUUAUUAAAAAACGAACAGAUUAAAAAUUCAAGUUAUAGGUUUCUUCUGUAGGUCCUUCAAACCGUGUACCGUUCGGGUCGUGUUUGUCCAGUCCAGCACAUCUUGUCUGGGUAUCUAGGGAAGCAGCGUUCCUAUAUAGACACAGCUCUGUGUUUGCAGUCAGAGCUGCGUCCAUUCCAAGAGGCUGUGUGCCAUUUUUUCCUCCUUCAAUUAAGCACGGUCCGAUAUAGUAACAAGGCUGUGGACGCGAAUGAAUUCUUUAUUAGUUUGGUAGUUGAAGUUUGGCCAAGCAGGUGGUCUCCUUCAAUUUAGGGUUUUAAGUUGAUUUGCUCAUUAUUUGGGAGAAUUUCUUUAAUAUUUUGGUAAUGUUACGUGGGCGAGUGCACCUUAAAUACGGUCCUGACUUUUUAAAUGCGUUUGAAAACUUAAGGCGCCGGUAAAUCGUGGGAUACGGCCUGCUUGUUUCAGGUUACCGGAAAGAUUUUGUUUGUGUUGUAGUUGUAACUAUCUGAGUUGCUGCGUAAUGUGAGAUUUGCAGAAUAAACAGUAAGUUAAAUCACAUUGCAUUAAUUUAUAUAGCCGUCAAUGAAUCUAAUUGGGGGCGUACUUGGUGGAAAAUGUCAAGGGGUGUAAAUCAUAGAAGUAAAAUAGUGGGAAGUUUGCAGUUCUGGGAUAACCGUGAGAGUAUUCGGGUCACUACAAAUCCAAAGUUAAGUCAAACUCCUGUAAAUUACCGUAGGAUGUGUUUAAUUUUCUAAAAAGUUCAUUCGUGUUGAGCGGUAAGCGAAGUCAAUUCAACCACCUGUAAAUUACCAUGAGGUGCGACCACGUCAAUGAAAGUGGCCCGCUGACUAUCGGGAACUGGCUGUCUACGCCACCGUACGACAUUUUAAUCCCAUUAUUUUUGUGGUUCAGAAUGGAGAUUUUCACCGAUCUUAAACCACUGACCUUCACCAUGGAUCAACCUAUACAGACAAGCUACAUCCAGUACAACAGACUCAACUGACCUAUAUCGCCCAAUUUACCACGGGUAUUACGGCGUAUGGGUCCUCUAACAUUGUCGCUGAUGCAGUUGAUCUUCAUACACCCGUGAUCAAGAGGGAGACUGAACUUCUAGAACUUCUCAUCGGCAGCACAUCUCUUAAACUCCAGCUGCACAACGUGCCCGGCUCCGAUAUUCAGUUUGACUGUGAACAACAACGCCUAUUCAUAGACCUGUUCCUUACCUCUCGUCAUGCCAACCCAAAAACUUUCAUUUUUCAAGACCAGGAGACGUUUUCACAACACCGUUUGGCGACCUCCACAAACUCUAUGCAGCGGUCCUUACUCUGUUAUUUGCAAAAACGCACGUACGUUAUUGCGCUUGCCUGGUGCUACAAAGAGAUCACUGUAGUGCAUUGAACUGUAAUUUCAAAGGCCUCCUGGAUCUUUCGCGAAAAAAUAUAUUACCGUUUACUUAUGGUGCGUUCUACCUGGGACACACCAUUACGUGUCAAACUCCCACUACCGAAGAGUGGCGAAAAAACGGACUUUUUUAACGGGCAGUUACACAAGCAGCACUAAAAUUCCUCCUUAUACUAAUAAUAAUGAUUUCAGAUCAUGCAAAAAAUAAUGUUACGUUCUCACCUCAAAGUUUUUAAACAGUUUUCAAGGAGAAUGGACCCUUUCCUCCAUAACUGAAAAAUUAAAAAUCGAUGCACCUCCAAUUCAGAUCACUUCAUAGUAAAUGAAGACAACACUAGAAAUUUAAAAAAAUUACGUAUAUCUAAAAGCAUCAAAUUCUACCUUUAUCCCUUUGUAACAGGUUGCCCGAAAUAACUAAAGUGACCACUUUUUAACUAAACUUAACUCUCCCUAGAUUAAAUAAUACAGAGGGUUACAAUAUAUCAAAACACUGUGCUAGUUCGCAGGGAGUUUACCAAACCCUUUCUCAGUUCUAGGCGCAAAUUCUCUUGGUACAAAUAAAUCACCCCACGGUAAUCUAUAGGUUUUGACUAAACUUCGCUCGCGGUUCAAUGCGAAUGGGGCACAAAAAUCAAACCAGCCUAAGGUAAUAAUAGGUGACCAACUGAACUGAAGUGACCGUUUCAAGCUAAUUGCUUAACGGUUCUCUCCCAACAACCAACUCCUCACUUACUUUACUUUUUUUAUUGACACCCAUCACCUGACGUAAAACCGUUUCCACCAAUAAACUAAUUUACAAAACCAAUCAGAUCGCUUGACGGUAAUAAACCCACAACAAAGGCCACUACCAUCAUUUAAAAUUCCCCCUAUCAAGACAUAAAUACAAUCGGUAAAGAAUAGAAGAUAAAAUCUUUCCAAACACCCUUCGUCCACCAAACACAAGCGCCGGGGUUGCGGCUAACUUGCUGUUGUUUAGUCACCUUCUACGACACGCAGUAGGGUUAUUCUUUCCGACCCCUACACCGUCAAAUCUGUGCAUAAGGGUAUGAAGAAACAAUUAGUACGAAGUCGUCUGGAAAAUGUCAAUAUAGCUCAGCAUAAAUUAGUCACAGUUGGAAUGUGGAGUUCUAAAAUCACCCGAAAAAUGUUGUCCUUCAUCUAGGCCUGAAAACACACAUUACACCCACUUGAAUAAAGUGUCAAAUUUCAAAGGAGGAUAUUGGUCAACUUAUUAACCGCACUAUUUUGUUUCGGUCACGUUUUUUUUACAAAUAAUAUUUACACUAGAGUUGUGUGUAUAUUGAGUGACAUAAUGGACUGUAGCGAACAGAAAAGGCGUAAACCAAAUCCGCGUACAAAGGCAGGAAUAAUAAAUAUUUUUUUAUUCAAGUAUGUGUUCAAUAUUAUUUACACUGGAUCACGAAGAGACCUGAAAAUGGAAGAUAUAUACGAUGUUUUGCCAAAUUUCCAAGCUACUCGAUUGUAUCAUCGCAUGAAUCGAGAAUGGCAAAAGGAAUUCAUGAAUUCCAAAAAUCCGUCAGUUUUCAAAAUCUUCCUCCGCAUCUUUGGCCUGGAGUUUGCCUUAUGGGGAAUUGGCAUUUUUAUCUUCGAAAUUUGUAUUGCGGACUUGGCGCAAACGAUUGUGAUGGGAAAGCUGAUGGCGUAUUUUGAACCUGGAAGUAAUGUUACUGUCAAGGAAGCUUCAUUAUAUGCAGCUGGAUUAAUUGGGGCUGUUGCAACACAUCAGCUAUACAAUAAUACGUGCAUCCUUGUAGUAUGGUUGAUAGGCCUGAAAAUGCAAAUAGCGUGUAGUACGAUGGUGUACAGAAAAUGUUUGAGGAUUAAUUUGGAAAAUGAGAAUAUUCACGGAAUGGCUGUGACAAUAAUAACUAAGGAUAUCGCGCAACUCUUGACAGUGCCAGAUUGCGGACAUAUGUUGGUCUUAUGGUUCCCCAAAUUUGUCAUUAUACUUUGCAUUAUGUAUACAUAUAUUGGCGUUUCUGCAUUUGCCGGCGCGGUGAUUGUAUUGGCCGCGGUACCAAUGAAUGCACUUUUGGGCAAGCUGAUAUUAAACUAUCGACUGAAAACUGCUGCACAAACCGAUCAAAGGGUUAAAUUGAUGCAGGAAAUGCUAACAGCGAUGCGAACAAUCAAAAUGCAUAGGUGGGAAAAGUUUUUCUCAAAACUAAUUGAUGAACGUAGAACCAAAGAAAUGCAACUGCUAAAAAUCUUAUUUUACAUAAAAGCGAUGAUUUUUUCUAUUUGUCAACUCUCCUACCGUUUCGCUUUUUACAUUUGCGUGAUUACGUACGUUGCUUUGGGUAACCACAUAAGUGCAGAAAAUGCGUUUGUGAUUAACGGCUGUUUUGGAGCUUUUCAAUCCCUUCUCACUGACUACCUGCCAAAUGUCGUUCUACAAAUGGCCGAAUAUAAAGCGUCGCUACAUCGAAUCACAAAGUUCCUUAUGCUCCCAGAAGUUCCUUCUCAUUCUAGUGAAGACUCGUUGGCAGAUGGGGUAAUAUCUGUGAAGAAUGCUACUGUCUCAACUGCAGGUGGAGUAAUACUCUUGGACGGUCUAAGUUUAAAUAUUUGCAGAGGAUUGACAGUGGUCACAGGGCCUACCGGUUCAGGCAAGUCGACGUUGUUAAAACUACUGCUACGCGACGUUCCGAUAACUAGCGGCGAGAUUAUGCUUCCCGGAGAGGUGUCCUACGCGUCUCAAGAACCGUGGAUAUUCCCUUCGACGAUACGUCAAAACAUAAUCUUCGGAGAGCCGUUUAAUGAAAAAAGAUAUCAGCAAGUGCUUGAUGUGUGCGCCUUAAAGCGGGAUUUGAAGGUAUUCCCAAAUGGUGAUCAGUCCUUUGUCUCAGAUCGUGGCUCAAAUUUAAGUAGAGGACAGAAGGUCAGAAUAAACCUGGCGCGUGCGAUUUACAAACGAGCUGCUAUUUAUUUGCUAGACGACUGCUUGUCCUCCAUGGAUGGGCGCGUUGGGAAACAUAUUUUCAAUGAGUGCAUCAAGGGGUUCCUGAAAAACUGCGUCUGUGUAUUACUAACUAACAACUCUCUUCCCUUGGAAGACAACGAUAAGGUUUUGGUUUUACACGGGGGGCGCGUAGAAUUCCACGAUUCUUUCAAUUACUUUAAGCGGUGGAAAAAUGAGGAAACAAUUGAACUAGGUGAUAAUCAAAACGAACCAUAUAGAGAAAUCGACGAAGCACAGCCUUUAAUUCUAAAUGAAGCCGUACCACCUAACAUUUACCAAGAGUAUAACAAAAUAGGAAAAGUAAAAAGCUCCGUGUAUUAUGCGUAUUAUCUCUGUGGGGGAGGUUGGAAAAUCUUUUUGAUAGUCGCCAUUUGUUCCAUUACGGCUAACGCCGCGGCCAGUUGGACGGAUUACUUCAUCAGUUUUUGGGUAGAUAUGGAGCAAGAGCUUUCCGGUUUUCGGACGAAUCAAACCACAUACUCAGCCGAAUACAAAGAUUUGGAAAACAGAUAUGACGUAAUAAUGGCCACAUACUCGUUUGUAAUGCUCGGUGCUGCAACCUGUACCAUUUUAGAGGCGUUGUCAUUUUUUUUAUUUACAAGCAAGGCAUCUAUUAAAAUACACAAGACUGUUAUAGAUAAAGUUGUAAACGCACCGAUGAUAUUCUUUGACAACAACCUAUCGGGAAAUAUUCUCAAUCGCCUCUCUCGCGAUUUGUCAAUAAUGGAUGAUCAAAUGCCUAGCGUGUUGUUGGAUUCUAUGAAAGUUCUUCUGUCUAUGUAUGGCGUGUUAAUUAUUGUCACAACCGUAAAUUGGUAUUUUAUAGUACCAUCCAUUAUACUAACUGUGAUAUUGUAUACAGUACGCCGAAUCUAUAUGAGACUUGGUCGAAGUUUGAAACGGCUGGAAGGAGCUGCACGAAGCCCACUAAUAGGUCACCUAAACGCCACUUUAGAGGGACUCACCACAAUUCGAGCAAGUAACUCUCAGGAAAGACUAAUUGAAGAAUUUGACAAAUACCAAGAUCUGUACAGUUCUACGCUUUAUAUGAACUUGUCCACGUCCAGAGCCUUUGGGUUCUCUUUGGACGCAAUUUGUAAUGUGUACAUUACAAUAAUAGUUUUUUCAUUCUUGGUAUCAAAAACAGAUAGACUAGCCGGUUUAGUUGGCUUGGCCAUUUCACAGUCAUUUUCUUUAAUCCGGUUACUGACAUCGGCUGCUCGACAAUGGGCUCAUCUAGAAACGCAGAUGACAUCGACAGAGAGGGUUUUAGAGUACAGAGAUAUAGUCGUCGAGGUUCCCACGGGCGCCAAACCAGACAAUUGGCCAAACAUCGGGACUAUUAAAUACGAAGGUGUGACUUUGCAGUAUUCGAGUGGUGGGGAGGCGGCAUUAGAAAAUAUUAAUUUUUACAUUGGACCCAAGGAAAAAGUCGGUAUUGUUGGAAGGACUGGUGCAGGAAAAACUUCAAUUAUUUCGACUUUAUUCCGAAUGUACGACUACGAAGGAAACAUUUUUAUUGACGGUAUAGAUAUUAAAUCAGUGCCGAUCAAAUAUCUCCGUUCUAAAGUGUCGAUCAUACCUCAAGACCCGGUGCUCUUUUCGGGUACAAUCAGGACCAACUUAGAUCCGUACUGCGAAUUCUUAGACAAGGUACUGUGGGAUGCAUUAGAAGAAGUGGGGAUGAAAAGUGCGUUUACAAGUUUGGAUGCCGAAGUUCUAUCGGGAGGAAUGGGUUUAAGCGUAGGAGAAAAGCAACUCUUCUGUUUGGCAAGAGCCAUCGUGCACAACAACACUAUUUUAGUAUUAGACGAAGCGACUGCCAAUAUCGAUCCAGAAACCGAUACUCUCAUUCAGAGGACAAUCAAACGGAAGUUCUCAAAUUGCACAGUACUUACCCUUGCGCACAAACUGCGAACGGUAAUAGAUUCGGACAGUAUUAUUGUUAUGGACGCGGGUGCGAUUUGUCAAUUUGGAUCGCCCAAAAAUUUACUAGAUGACGAGCAAGGUUUAUUUUACCAUAUGGUUCAGCAGGAUGGAUUGGUCAGGUCAUAAGUAAGAAGUUGGUCAUAGAUAAAUAUCUGUGCGUGUGCUUGCUCGGGACGUUUGUAUUUUGACGUUCAACUCCAAAUUCAGAGUUCAAAGUUUGAAUUUCUCCUUUCCUUAAUAAUAACUGCAUAAUGCGUUGGCAAACAUUUUUAGAUUUUAACCCCCUCGUAUAAUGUUAUUUAAAUCGGUUCACAGGAGGCGCUGUAAUAAACACGUCAAAAUACGUUCCAUGGAAAACUCAAAAAUCAUUAGCAUUACUUUUAUACAAAUUCCCUUGAAAAUAAAAAAAAUAAAGACCAAACGAC